CAGUAGUUCCUGUGUCGCACUUCCGGUUGGCUGAGCUGCGCACGUGUGUCCCGGAAGGAAGUAACGUCAGCCAGAAGAAUUGAGCCGGGCGCCUCGGUGAAGUCGUCUCUUCGCCGGUAUGUCGCACUUGCAGAUGAAACUCCUGCGCAAGAAGAUCGAGAAGCGGAACCUCAAAUUGCGGCAGCGGAACCUAAAGCUACAGGGAGCCUCAAAUGUGAGCCUGACAGAAACUCAAAAUGGCAAUGUGCCCAAAGAAACAGCAAGAGUUGGAGAAAGAGUGAAAAAAUCCAUAAAACAUUCAGUGAAUGUGGGCUUGUCCAAAGCUCAAAGUAGAGAUGUGCCUGAAGAAACACAGAAUGUUAAGAAAUCUCUAAAACAUUCUGUAAACGUGGGCUCAUCAGAUGCUCAAAACAGGGAUGUGCCUGAAAAAACUGGGAAAGUUAAGAAAUCCCUAAAACAGUCUGUUAAUUCAAGCUUGUCAGAAGCUCAAAAUGGAGAUGAGCCUGAAAGAAUAGGGAGAGUUAAAAAAGUUAAAAAAUCUCUAAAAAAUUCUCUGAACAUGGGUUUAUCAGAAGCUCAAAAUGGAAAUGAGUCUGAAGAAACAGUGAAAAAUGUCAAAGUUCAAAAGUCCCCCCACAAAUCUACCAUAUUAACCAAUGGAGGAGCAGUAACACCAUCUCCUGAUUCAGAAUCGAAAAAGGAAAAGAAGAAGAGAAAAAUGAUGAAUGAUGCUGGGCCUGAUACAAAAAAAGCAAAAACUGAAGAAAGUACCAAGACUCGUGAACAAACAGAAGAUGGUGUGGGGAAAUCAGAUGGUGAGGAAGGUGACGGUGAAGUGCCCAGCCUGCCCCUGGGACUGACAGGAGCUUUUGAGGAUACUUCCUUUGCUUCACUGACUAAUCUUGUCAAUGAAAACACUCUGAAGGCAAUAAAAGAAAUGGGUUUUACAAACAUGACUGAAAUUCAACAUAAAAGUAUUAGACCACUUCUGGAAGGCAGGGAUCUUUUAGCAGCUGCAAAAACAGGCAGUGGCAAGACCCUUGCAUUUCUCAUUCCUGUGAUUGAACUCAUUGUUAAGUUAAAGUUCAUGCCCAGGAAUGGAACAGGGGCCCUUAUUCUGUCACCUACUAGAGAACUGGCCAUGCAGACUUUUGGUGUUCUUAAGGAGCUGAUGACUCACCACGUUCACACAUAUGGGUUGAUCAUGGGUGGCAGUAACAGAUCUGCUGAAGCACAGAAACUUGCUAAUGGAAUCAACAUCAUAGUGGCCACACCAGGCCGCCUCCUGGACCAUAUGCAAAAUACCCCAGGGUUUAUGUAUAAAAACCUACAGUGUCUGGUUAUUGAUGAGGCAGAUCGCAUCUUGGAUGUUGGCUUUGAAGAAGAAUUAAAGCAAAUUAUUAAACUUCUGCCAAUACGCAGACAGACCAUGCUCUUUUCUGCCACACAAACUCGAAAAGUUGAAGACCUAGCAAGGAUUUCUUUGAAAAAAGAGCCGUUAUAUGUUGGUGUGGAUGAUGACAAAACUAAUGCCACAGUGGAUGGUCUUGAGCAGGGAUAUGUUGUUUGUCCCUCUGAGAAGAGAUUCCUUCUGCUUUUUACAUUCCUUAAGAAAAACCGAAAGAAGAAACUCAUGGUCUUCUUUUCAUCCUGUAUGUCUGUGAAAUACCACUACGAGUUGCUGAACUACAUUGAUUUGCCUGUCUUGGCCAUUCAUGGAAAGCAGAAGCAAAAUAAGCGUACAACGACAUUCUUCCAGUUCUGCAAUGCAGAUUCAGGGAUAUUAUUGUGUACAGAUGUGGCAGCGAGAGGGCUGGAUAUUCCUGAGGUCGACUGGAUUGUUCAGUAUGACCCUCCAGAUGACCCUAAGGAAUAUAUUCAUCGUGUGGGUAGAACAGCCAGAGGCCUGAACGGAAGAGGGCAUGCCUUGCUCAUUUUACGCCCAGAAGAGUUGGGUUUCCUUCGUUACUUGAAGCAGUCCAAGGUUCCAUUAAGUGAAUUUGACUUUUCCUGGUCUAAAAUUUCUGACAUUCAGUCUCAGCUUGAAAAAUUGAUUGAAAAGAACUAUUUUCUUCAUAAAUCAGCCCAAGAAGCAUACAAGUCUUAUAUACGAGCAUAUGAUUCCCAUUCUCUGAAGCAGAUCUUUGAUGUUAAUAACCUAAAUUUGCCCCAGGUUGCUCUGUCAUUUGGUUUCAAGGUGCCUCCUUUUGUUGAUCUCAAUGUGAACAGCAGUGAAGGCAAGCACAGAAAGAGAGGAGGCGGCGGCGGAUUUGGCUACCAGAAAACCAAGAAAGUUGAGAAGUCCAAAAUCUUUAAACACAUUAGCAAGAAAUCUUCAGACAGAAGGCAGUUCUUUCACUGAAGAGAAUUUCCUUUGAUCUUGAGUAACUCCUAAAAUGAAUUUUUCCCUUUACAAAGAAAUUUUUGUAGUCCUUCAGGCUUUUCUCAUCUUUGCUAUGAUCAUAACAAUUUUUUAAUUUUAAAUACUCCUUGCAAAAAAUUUGUUACUGUUUUACUCCCAGUACAAUUCUCUUUUUGUACCUUUCCUUUAUGAUACGUGAAGAUUUUGUGGCAUGGAUUGCUAGUUAACUUACUGUGCAGGACUUGGUAUUCUGGACAGGUGAUGGCAAUGCAGAAGAAACUCUAGAUUUACUUUUUGCUUUUGUGUCUUGGACAUCAAGAGUGGUUUGGAACAGUCCCUGAAAAGGCAGAGCACUUUGAGAAACACCCAGGAAGCAGCUCUAGGUAAAAAGUAUUAUUUUGAUGCCCCUGACUUUAAAACAGCAAGCUUUCCUUAAAUAAAUAAAUAAACAAAUAAUGGUGAUAUUUAGGUUUAUUUCGAGGUGGUUUGGAUUUUGGUAAAACCUUCCAACUCUGUAGCAUACUUAAAAGACAAGGGCAGUUAUUAGUAGACUUAAAACUGUCUGAGAUGACCUAAAUUAAUCUGUAAUUUAACCUGGUUGCUCCUCAUCGGGCGGGAUUUGUAUAAGGAAAGAAUUCUUGGCUGUUUAAGGAAAUGAAAUGAGACUGGGUUACUCUAAAGUAAAAGGAGCCCCUUUUAUCUAGCCACAAUAACAUGUGUGAGUAAGUCUAGAAAGCCAAAUACAACCAGCAAUUUAAAAUUACUAUUGCUUUCCUUUGAGAAAAAUCAAAUUUCAUAGUGCUGGUUUUAAGUGUGUUUGGUUUUGAGGAUUUUGGGUUUGUUUGUUUUUUUUUUACCACCUACUUUAUAAGAUUCUCUUUUAGAAGUAGUAGUCUGUACAUAUGUAUAUGCACACAUCUGUGUAGUUUGGGUUCAUUUCCAUAGUAUUUUGUAAAAAUUAAAAGUUUGAGUACUGGUUUAUAUUUUUUUAAAAGUCCAAGACAGUGCUCACUGUACACCGUCAGAUUCUUUGUGAAGAAAAAAUUACCUGUUCUAGGUCCAUAAAAUGAAAAAUACAUGUAUAGUGAAAAUUGAAAUGAACAGAGAAUGGAAAACAAAGGAAUGUGUUUUGGGGUAGGACCACUUGAUUGAGUUUUGUGUGGUAUAUCAUUACAAAAUAGCAAAAUUUAGUACCAGUUCAAACUGCUGCCAUGCCACUUAAUAUUGAUAGUUCCAUUAAAUGUAAUUAUGCAGAGGACAUCAAGUGUAGAGAAAGGAAUUGGAUAAAUGGUAUGACAGUAGGAAAAGAAGAGUAGAGUCCGCCUCUGCUUGACCAUUGCUGUCCUGGCUGGACCUCUUUGGAUUUUAGACCUUGACUGCUGAACAUCUGGCUUGGCUUCUUGGAUUCCCAACUCUUGGCAUAAAGUAACUGUUUCUUCAGUACUGUUUGUUUCGGAAACAGUUGUGUUUCAAAAAAUACACAAAAGCAAAUAUUUCGGUAUGUGACCUUCCAAGGUUUUAUAUGCAUAUUUAUACUUUAUAAUUUUUUGUCAAAAGUGAAGUCAUCCUCUGCCACUGCUUACAACCAGCUUGUUUCGUAUUUUCUGUGUCGUUAAAUAAUUGCCCCCAGCAUUUUAUAUUUCA